AUGACAAUUAAACACAAAGAAGAAAUUUUUAUUACAGAACUGGGAGACAACAAAGUGAUGAAGCAAGCUGUGGACAAUGUUUUCAUCGAUGCCUUCACUGAAAACGAAGUCAAGCCCAAUUUUGUAUACGACGGUUUGCUCUACAUAGUCAGAUUGAUCUAUGUGUGUUGUGGAUUUGCUAGUUAUUUCAUGUACAAGGACUUUUUCUCCGGAAAAGUAAUGAUCUUGAUAUUGUGCAUUCUGUACUAUGUUCUGUGUGGAGUGGAUUACAUCAUUAACUUCUUCCUGAUCCGAGAUUGUUUCCUCAUUGGAUCCCUGCCCUCCGGAAGCAAGUAUUGUGGAGCGACCGAUUUCCGUGUGUCGUCGGUGAGCGGUUUUGGAGAGCCCCAAUAUACAAUGACGGUGUCUGCUCAGCUGGGUUCGCAGAGAGUGGUCUACACCUACACGAAGCCCAUCGCCAAUUUCUUCGAGAAGAGCGGCCUGCUGCGAAGCGACAUUGUGUCCAGCGAGACCAAGCAGAUCAUGGAGGCCUUCCGAACGCUGCUCAAAGAGACGCACGCGAAGAAGUCCGACUAA